AGUCCACACCUUCUGCUCUGGGAACAUUUACCAUAUGUGAACUCUUUGGCUUAUCCGCUGCACCCGUUGUUGCUGCGCUUCUUCACCGUGGGGCCUCCGCUCUCGUUUGGAGAACUCGUUUGACCCACCCGCUCCAGGUCAGGGAUCCGAGUUUGGGAAGAUGAUGGGACUGCGAUCGACCGCGGACACCGGGAGCCCGGACACCUCGCUCGUGACGCCGUCCGACAAGGACCUGAGCUCGGGACAGCAACGCGUGCUGAGCCAAGUCAACACCAUUAAGAGGAGCAAAUCGAAGUACAAGAACGGCACGACGAGUCCCACAAGCCCUGCUCCACAGACUUUAAAAACCUCUGACUUUGGAAUGUUCAAGUAUAGGGCAGCUAGCACCUACAGCCACACCAACUCCAGCGGGUCAGCCGCUUUCCACAAUAAGAAGAGUCGAAGUCUAACAACUAAAAGUAUGAAGGGAAGAUUAGUGAACUCCAACAUGGAACAAGUCAACACCUCAUCCUGGACAAAAAGCCCCAAUGGGCUGAAACCCAGUCGGAGUGACCCCGUUUUGACUUCAGCUUCUUGUCUUGCUCCAGCACGUAGUAUGAAAGCCAAAGGGCAGAUCAACUCAAGCCAAAUUCAAGUUACUAAAGAGUCCCGUUCAAUAAUUAAUGGCCCGACUUUCACUGAGAGUCAAACACGCAUUUUCCGGUCACCUUCCACCCAGUCUCAAACCGAUGGCAAGUUGGGCACCAUUAGGGUGUCCAAAAUCGAGCAGUCACCCAUGGUGAACUCUACAGGAUACAUGCAAGAUAAUAUAACCCUAAAAGAGGCCGUGGAAUACCUGUCGAGCUCUAAUGAGAGCUACCAGCAACAAGGGGCCAACUAUAUCCAACACAUCAGCUACAGUGAAGAUUCAGCCAAAGCAGAGGUAUUCGACCUUAAUGGAAUUCCACCUUUGGUGAACAUGCUGGACAGCAGCAACCCAAGCUUACAAAAGGCCGCUUCUGGUGCUCUGAGAAAUCUUGUCUUCAAGAACAUGGAUAACAAGAUCGAAGUUCAGAAAUCCGGUGGCAUAGCUAAGGUCCUGAACCAAAUGAAGAACACAAAGUCUACUGAAACGCAGAGACAACUCGCUGGCCUACUCUGGAACCUGUCUUCCGCUGAAGAACUGAAGAAUGAACUAAUUUCAACAGCACUUAUUGCUCUGACUAAGAAUGUGGUGGUGCCAUAUAGCAUCCCAAAGGAUGACUCAGAAUGUGUAGAUCCAGAAGUUUUCUAUUUUGCCACCGGCUGCUUGAGGAACCUAAGCAGCGGCACAGCACAGGACAGGGAAAAAAUGCGAACAUGUGAAAAACUCAUUGAGGCCCUGGUGACAUACAUUUCAUCAUGUGAGAAAGAGGGGAAAUCUGAUGAAAAGCCUGUGGAGAACUGUAUGUGUACUCUCCAUAACCUGACAUACCAACUAUGGCAAGAGUGUCCAGAGGCUUCAUUCUCAACAGAGGCUCCAUCUGAGGGUAGGAAAAGCCCCACAGUUGGAUGCUUCAGUCCUAGAAGCAGAAAAGCUAAAGAUGAGAUUUUCUCAAACCCACCGCAAGUCUUGGCAGAAGACAGCAAUAAGAUAGCCCUGGCAUCAAAGGUGGAGUGGUUGUACAAUUCAAAAGCCACAGAUUUGUAUGUUUCACUGCUCAAGUCGUCCGAAAACAAUGCCACUAAGGAGGCCAGCUGUGGUGCCAUGCAGAACCUCACUGCGAGCAAAGAAAAGGGGUCUGUAGCUGUGAGUGAGCAUUUGUUCAAGCAACUUGCGGACAAUUUUCUCCUGUCCAGUCUAUUGCGGUCCAAAGCUACUCAAAAGACGUAUGCCUCUCUUCUGGAUAACAUGUCUCGCAAACCCACUUUACUAUCCCAGAUGGCACCGAAGAUUUUGCCUGAACUUGGGAAGGUUUUGUCUGACAAAGCUUGGCAAGGGGAAGCUCAUCCUGAUACUGUUGCAACUGUUUGCAAUGUGUUACAUAGACUGCUGCUGGUAGACCGGGACAUCAGCAAGAAGACCAUGAGUGCAAACAUGAUUAUAGGACUGAUGGAGACAAGUGAGAGAGAUCCUGAAGACAGUGGAUCCCUUGCAGCCUCAAAACUGCUACACAACUUGUGGACAGAUAAGUUUCUGAGAAGCACCAUAAAACAUCUGAAAUUUGACAAAUUCAAAUUUGUUAAUCCAAAAACCAUAGCAGCUGCCACGAAGUCCACGCCCGAUGAAUGAAUGUCCACCCCGAGAUUAAUAAGAGGUAUGAAAUGGAAGUGGGUUGGGACAAGCUGGCAGUGUGUGUCUACUGAAUGGGAGUGUGACUUCGCAAAGGAACAAUUUGACUGUAGCUACUUGCUGGCUCUUCACAGACAUUAACCAACAGUUACAGCCUGGCCUCUCUUAAAGGUUAUAAAAUACACCUAUUUGUUUUGCUAAUGCUUGUUUAUUGACAUGUUGCCAAUUUUGUUUGAAACACAACUACAGAGACACCUCUUGACACAUUCCUGUAAUUUUACGGUGUUUAUAUAGUAUACAAGGCUUUUUAUUUUUCAGUUUUUGUGAAUCAUUUUUAAAGUGAUAAAUAUUCCACGUCUGAUUUUAUGCUUUAUGCUGGCAGUGACUUCACUGACUGGUGGCUCACACAGACACUACGGUUAUAUCAGUGGUGUUCAAUGGAUACUUCUAGGUUUCUUAAGAUGUGCAGUACUGGGGGGGAUUCUUCUUUUUUAUUGCCCUGUCACUGAAUGUGCAUAUUAUGUAAUUUGUAUUUCUGAUAUAGGUUCGUGUUUUUUCGACAUUGACUUGAAUUUUUAUGAAAAACCAGAAAAAAUCGAGGCAAAGUGGUAGCAUGAGCGAGUGAUGCAUUUAAAGGAGUUUUGUGCAGCAGUAAAGAGUCAGGCCUGUCAGCCACCGCCUUAUAGCAGGUGGAGCCAGCGAUGAGGGAUGUCGGCAACACUCUCUUAAGUGUUCUUUGAUGCAAUUUAGCUAAUUGCAGAGCUGAAAAUUGAAAGGCUGUACCUUUUUACGUAAGCAUAAUGAAUAAUGAGUUAAGCUCAAAUCAUCGGCCAGGAGGAAGACACAGAGAUGUUUUUUUUUGUCCAACUCAUCAUGUUUUCUCUCUCUCUCUCUUGCAACCUUACAGCGUUAUGGGGUCUUUACAGGGUAUCUGUUUUGACAGAGCUACUGUCUAUUUCUUUGAACAAAAAAAACCCAAACAUGUUUCCUGUUGGUGCAGAUUGUGUAACAAACGAUAAAAGACAUCUCAGCUAUUUGUUAAGGUGGUUGGCAGCUGUUAGGAUUCCCUAUCAACCCAAAGCGAAAGACAUUGGACAUUUUUAUACUUGGCUGUCUUAAGGUUCCUCUGCCUUAGGCUCGAUCACCUUCAGUAUUGUUUGGAAUGUUUUUUGAGAAUUGCAUAUGUUACAUUUUAUUAGGAGUUUUGUUAUUAAGUUGUUACUUUACAUGCAAAAAUAAACAGCUAUGCAAGCAAAGAAUGUCAAGGUUGCCU